UUGGUCUCAAAAUGGGGGUGAAAGGAUUCUUGCUGCUUAUGUUUAUGAUAACCUCUGCCUACUGCCUUAAAUUUGAAAAUGUUUUUGGGCAGUCACCUGAGGCCCUCUGGUCAGAGAUGGAGAGAGAAAUCGAGCAAGAUGAAGCGGCAAGGUUAGUACCUAGGCAAUGGAAACAAGGCACCCAAAAACAGCCGGGCAGCCACCCAGAAGCCAGGAAAGUUCCAGAAUUUGUGCCUAUCGCAGCCUCUUCGGACCGGAUGUCUCUUGUUGUCCCUGGGAAGGAUGCCGAACCACUGCCUGACUCAGUAAAGGACAUUCUAUUGGCCACAAGAGGUCCACCUACCCAAAGGCCUCCCUGCAACAACCCUAUUGACAUAUUGUGCCAUAUUAAUAGGAUCUAUGUUAGAGUUCAGAGAGAAUUAUUUUCCAGCCUUGAUGCCUACAGUUACCUGAAGUUUGGGUCCUGCCCUGUCAAUCAAGCCACCGAUAGUCACUUCUACCUGCUCUACCCCCUGAUGGCUUGUGGUACUGUGAUUACGAGUCAUGCUGACCGGGUGACCUUCACCAACAGGAUCUCUUAUAAACGGGAGUCUACAGGACCCAUUGUAAGGGACUUCAACUUUGAUGUUCCCCUCGAGUGUAGUUAUAAUCGGUUCCAUCUCUCUUACAAGGUCGGCUUCUGGCCCACAGUGAGGGGAGGAACCGUAUUCAGACCCCUCACUUCAAGGACCUGGGUCACCCUCACUCCCUAUGAUGUCCAUGGGACCGAGUUGACUCCAGGUAUCGGCUACACGCUUGGACAGCCCAUGUUCUUUGAGGCUACGCUUGACUCUGUGCUGGCUCAAAAACCUGUGAGGGUGUACGUCAACAAGUGCUUUAUAACCAUCUCUCCGUUGCUCACCUCUGUGCCACAAUAUACAGUGAUUGAGAACACUGGUUGUAUGGUUGAUGGCCGGUACUCCGAGCAGUCACAAUUCAUCAGUCACGCCACAAAGACCGUUUUAAAGUUUACGAUUGGUAGCUUCAUCUUUGAAGGGAUGGCCAAAACGUCUACCCUGAAGGAACUCUACAUGCAUUGUGAUAUCUCAGUGGGAGAUGUUACCCCAACUGAAAGUGCAAAGUCCUGCAACUACAAUCCCGGAAGCAAAACGUGGACUGAGUUGUAUGGUGACAAUGCGGUCUGCUUUUGCUGUGACUCUGUCUGUCCCCCACCACAACCAGCUUCACAGAUGAUAACCAGUCACUCCUGGAAUGUGGAUGACCCUCGGUGCACUCUCCCUUCGUGCACGCACCCUCAAAACCCUUCUCUUCCUCAUCCCCAGCACCCGCAGAGCCCUUCUCUUCCUCAUCCCCAGAAC